UGAAUGCGUUGAACUUUUGUACCAGUGCAAUGUCAAGCAUGUCUCGGAAAUUUCAUAAUGAAAAUUCACAGAAUUUGCUUUAAUGGUGCAAUUGCUGUGCAAUAAAGAAGCAAAACAUGAUGAGAAACGCCUCGAGAUUGCAUGAAGAUUGUUUCUUUCUCAAGUUGUGAUAUUAAUUAGCGUAUUUAUUUGACAUUCGUUUCCACGUGGUACCUACAUGGAGUUGCUUUAGUGUCAUAGCGAAGUCUACGUGUCUAAAAUAUCGUUUAUUUUGUGUUAUCAUCCGGGAUUACAUUUAAAGCACGACAUGGAGUCGUUAAAUAUGGCUAAACUUAACCUGUCCAGUGUUAGGAACAAUGUGCCCGCAGAAAAUGCGCCACCAAAACAAGAAGUUUCCGACUCAAAGUUAGAAACCAGUUCAUUGACUGACCCGGAAGAGGAUUAUCAUUGUGAAUAUCGUGAGGAUAUAUGGAAGACGCUACUGGAACAGGAUGCUGAGAAGCCAACUAUCCAUCUACAAUCUCCACAGUUGGAGUUCCGAGGUGCCUUAGUUCAGCAACUGAGAGACGUGACCAAGAAGCUCAGUCUCACGCUUGCCACACUGCACUCGGCCGUUGCGCAGUUAGACUUGUUCAUGGACGCACAUCGACUGAGAGCGGACAGACUCACCCACGUUGCCCUGGCCUGCCUGAGUCUUGCUGCAAAAAGUGAAGAGAACUUCAGCAAGGCGCCCACACUCAAAACGCUAGCUAAAGUGAGCGGAGUCCAACUGUGUGGCAAGACGUUCAGGCAGCUGGAGUGGAUGGUCGGCCAGCACGUCCGGUGGAGGCUGCUUGCGCCAACCCCCGUCACCUUCGCGUCCCUCCUGGCUCAAUAUGUGGUGGCCGACUGCGACCUCACCACCAGGCACCCCAAGUUCGUGAGGCGAUUCCGGAGGGACGGUGCUAAACUUUUGGAAGCUUAUUUGGACCUCACACUGUCUGACGUGCGCCUCAAGGUGGUGGAGUGCGUGGACGUGGGCUGCGCGUGCGUGGCGUGCGCGCGCGCCGAGCUGGGGCUGGGCGCGUGGCCCGCGUGGCUGGCCGCCGCCGCCGGCCGCGAGCGCGCCACCGUGGCGCCCAUCGCGCGCCUGCUGCAACGGAUGAUGCAAAUAUUGAAGUCCCGUGACAACCACGAUUCAGAGCUAGAUCAAGGGUACAGCAGUGCUAAAACAUCACCAAACGUAACACCCUGCACGUCCCCGAGCCACCAGAUAUCCCCAUCAAGUUCCUGCAGCACAUCGUCCCGUAUAAGCAUCAUCGACACAUCAUACCGACAGCAUCCAGUAAGGCAAGAUAUACCAACUACAUUUCUCGACCAACAUCCCCGGAGGCAAGAUGUAACAUCAACAUUUCUAGAUGUCACCGAUACCAAUUUAUCUGAUAUACCCAAUACGGAAUACACAAAUUUGUACAGAUUACCCGUAGAUAUGACCUGUCAAAGGGUCAAUAACCCCGCUGAUUACAGGUUCUGUAGGUCAAGCCGGUUGCUGGAGCCGGGGCAGCCGUCCACCAGUGUUGCAGUUAAGCGUGGUUUAGAUAAUAAUGUAGAGUUAGAUAGGAAGAGGUAUCGUCUGAGUUCACAGCUGUCUCAGGUUGUUCUAUGAUUGUUUGUGUGUUUGUCUCGUCGGCGACUGUGGUGCUUUGGAUGACAGCUGUUUUGUUUUACUUUUUAAACUUAAUCGGCAAAAUAAUAAGAGCUUCCAGCUUUGGUGCAACGCGUGCUUGAGUCAAUUCCAACUAUGUAAAUAGAUGUGUCGUUGAUAAAAAACGCGCUCUUAUAACCAAUGUUAUUUUUGUAAAGUACCAUUGAUUGGCUGGGAGAUAAACUAUGUGUAUCGAGGUGACUUAAAUCAUUUUUUCGGAAGUUUCAUUACAUACAGCUAUGCUAAUAACAAUAACUUACCACCAAGUGAAAUUGCAGUAAAAGGUUAGUUUGCCGUGAAGUUAAAAGAAAAUCUAUUUUAUGUUU